UUUGGUGAAUCAGUAGGAUAUGAUAACACAGCUGGAACAAACCAUUAUCAUAUGCCAUUAUUGCUCUUUGUAAUCCAAGAUGAUAAUAUAAAGUCACAAAUAGCUGCCCAAGCCCUUAUAAGUAAUGAAACAGCAGAAUCGUAUCAAUGGGUUUUGCAUAUAACCAAGAAAGCAACGCAAAAAAGAGUACCAAAUAUAUUUGUUAUCGACAGCGAUCCAGCUAUGAAAAGUGCAAUUUCUACAGAGUAUCCAACAACCCAUCACAUCUUGUGCAUAUGGCACCUAAAGGAAAACCUUAAAAAAAUGCUUCAUGAAAAACUAGGUCCAACAUUUGUUGAUUUUUAUUCAGCAUUCUGGAGAUGCCACAAUAGUGAUAUAUCAGAUCUGUUUUAUUACUAUUGGAAAGAAUUAAUUGAAAAUUAUCCAGCAGCAAAUCAAUAUUUUCAAAAGCACCUGUAUAAAUGGCGUAAAUCAUAG